AUGGAGAGAGACCAGCGAGAACCGCCGCCGCACACGAGUUCGAAUGGGUAUUUCGUCCCUGACGUCACUUACCUAGACCCAGGAAAUCGUCGAAUGCGAAUCGUCACCAUAGGUGCUGGCUUCUCAGGCAUAAUGUAUGCAUAUCGCUUUCAGAAUGAACUUGAGAAUGUCGAACACGUCAUUUAUGAAAAGAAUGGUGAUAUUGGCGGGACGUGGCUGGAAAAUCGCUAUCCUAAUUGCGCCUUUCCAAGUCAUUCUUACGUAUAUAAUUUCGCACUGAAUCCAUACUGGUCCGAACUGUACUCGUCCAGUGAUUCUAUCUGGAAAUACCUCGAUCGUGUAUGUCGAGUUUGGGACCUGCGUAAGUAUAUGCAGUUCAACUGCCGUGUGAUUGAGGCGACGUGGAAUGAGGGUCUUGGAAAGUGGAUGCUAAAGGUAGAGCAAACCUACUCGGACGAAAGCACCUGUGUGUUGGAGGACGAAUGUGAUGUACUUAUUCAGGCAACGGGUAUGCUUAACAAUCCCAAAUUGCCAGAGAUUCAGGGAUUAGGGUCCUUCAAAGGUCGAGUGGUACACACGGCACAAUGGCCUGAUGAGUUCAAUGCCGCUGAAUGGACCGGGAAGAAAAUCGUCAUCGUAGGAGCAGGAUCGUCCAGCUUACAAGCGACUCCCGGAAUGCAACCAUAUGCGAAAGAACUGCACGUUUUCAUACGAUCCAAAUCCUGGCUGGCGUCCGUUCAACCAAACUACGGUGUUAUUCAAGGGUCUCAAGAAGAACAAGAGAGUUUUGCCCGUGAUCACGCAAAAUUGGUUUCGCAAGCACGAGUCUAUGAAGCAGGAGCAAAUAGAGUCUGGAAAGCCUUGUUCAAGGAUUCUCCCGAACAAGAGGCUUUCCGGUCGCGCUUUCAACAGAUCAUGCGCGAUGAACUUGAGGACGAAACACUCGUGAAGGGGUUGGUUCCAGAUUUCGCCGUUGGCUGUCGAAGAACGUCUCCGGGUCGCGCAUUUAUGCAAGCACUGAAAAAGCCGAACGUAUUUCCUCAUUUCACAGCACUGGCCAAAGUGCGUGAAACCUCUGUGAUUGGAGCGGAUGGUAGCGAGAUUGCAGAUAUUGAUGCCAUUGUCCUCGCGACUGGGUUUGAUACAACUUACUUGCCUCGAUUCAAUGUGGUGGGCAUGAAUGGUAUUUCUCUGAGAGCUAAAUUUACACCCAACCCGGAUUCUUAUCUUGGAAUCGGUGUUCCAGUACUGAUUUACUUUAUAGUUACCUUUGGGCCUACCUUUCCGGUACUUACGGGAUCAGUGACAGCCUCAAUCAGUGCUGUAGCAGACUAUGCCAUCCAGAUGAUCAAGAAAAUUCAGGCAGAAGACCUCCUCUCCGUUUGUCCACGACAAGAUAUUACGGAUCAGUUUAACGAGCACUGCCAAACCAUGUUGCACGGAACCGUCUGGGAAGAUCACUGCAAUUCGUGGUACAAGCGACCAUCGGACGGUCGCAUUACCGCAGUCUGGCCUGGUAGUGCAUUACAUUUCCAGGAAGUUGUCCGUCAUCCUAGAUGGGAAGAUUUUCACAUCAAGUCUCGCAAUAAGCUGAACAGCGACAUAAAUGCGGAUAUUGCUCCCUAUAUGAAUGUCGACAAUCUGGACUUGGCCUUCUACGAUUACGAUAGAUUUCCUUUACGCAAGGAGGCAGCCCCAACACCAAGCCAGGCUCGGGAACAGACACUCAGACCACGACCCGAAGCAGUCGAGCGCAAUGGUGGGCCGUAG